GGGUAGGGACAUGCGCAAAGCGUUCAUAACAGCAAUCUUAGCGUAGCUGGCGAGCAAUGAAUUGAUCAGUCUGAAAAGUGCUAUUGAAUGGUUGAAGGGACUUGCUGUGGUGAAAAGUGUCAUAUUUAUAUAUUUUUAAGCAACUAAAUAAGUUAUUUCGUCUAGUAAAAACUGUUUAUAGUGAUGCAUUUUAGGAUAUAUACGCUAUUACUGUGUGCGUUCCUUCUGGAAUUUGCAGCUGCAGCACAGUCUGAUAUCACAUUCCAUGAUGACGCCGACAUUGAAGGCAGCGGCAACGGGGGAGAGGUGACCCACGACCUGGGCGAGUCAAGUGGUUCUGGUUCCGGGCCUCCAGAGGAUGACGAGGACACCCCAGAGCAUCCAAGCAAACCAGGUACCACCACCACAUACUUACCGCCCAGAGAGCCACAUCCCAUCCCAGAAAAGACAACAAUAGUACCAACGAUCGAUCAGACGGUACGCACUCAUCAAGACAGGAAAUUGCCGGAAUCAGCCGAAAAUCCACGAGUCGAAAUAAUGAAUCCGAAAACGGAAGAUCGUCCCGCCUCAUUCUUUGCACAACCAGGAAUUUUGGCCGCCGUGAUUGGUGGAGCAGUGGUUGGGCUGCUGUGCGCCAUUUUGGUGGUGAUGUUUAUCGUAUACAGGAUGCGCAAAAAAGACGAGGGCUCCUACGCUCUGGGCGAGCCGAAGCAAUCUCCGACUCAGAACUCAUAUAGCAGAGGCACUAAGGAAUUUUACGCCUGAAAAAAAUAGUGUUAUCGAUAAAUGGACUUAUCCCAAAAAUACAUCCACAGUGGAGUUAAACAGUUUUUAGUCAAGGGCGAAUUUUUAGGGACUGAAUCUUUUCUGCUUUUUAGUGCAGCUUAAAUGUCAUUAUAAACAUUACAUUAUACAAGACAUACUCAUUAAGAUUAACGCACAUUGUAAGGAAUUUACAUUUAAUGGAAACAAAAAAAAUUAUCUUAAACAAACAAAAAAAUUAACUAUUUCGUUUCGUUUCUACUCGUAUAUUGGAGAUUUAGGUAAAAACAAGUAAGAUUCGGUCUAAUUAUUGCCAAAAACUGCCAACAGUGUGAGUGAACUAUUGUGUUAAUUAAUUAAUUAAUUUGAGUAACAAAAAAAGUGGCAAGUUCAUUCAUUUCAUAUACUAUCGAAUGUAUGUAUAUAUAAAUGUAACAAAUCAAGAUACAAAUAACAUAAAUGUUUUUCGUCCAUUUUUAAUUUUGAGUGUAUAGUACAAAUUUAUUCAGUUCCCCUUAUUUAUAAAUUAUUGUUUCAUUUUUUUUUUAAAUAUAUCUACAUGAAUUAUAUUUAAUUUGACGGUUUAUUAUAUUAUAUUUCAGUACUAUAUGCUCAAAUUAUACUUAAAGGUACCUAUUUAAUAUAGUAAUAAUUAAAGUAAUAAAUCGAAAAAAGUAACAUAGGUAGUAUUUAUAGAUGUAGCGCAGGACUUUGCAUAUGCUCAUAUUUUUUACAGCUAAUUUACAUAGACUGUUUAAUCAUAUUUAUAAUAAACAUUAAGCAUUUCUUUAUUAUCGUUACAGCACUGUAACAAAUAACUUGUUACAAGCUUGUCAUUGGUUUUCAUUAUGUGCUUACAUAACUAACUUACUAGUAAGAUGUAAGGUGUAAGUUUUAGCUACAACUAUCAUGAGUCAAUUACCUAUAAAUACAUAGAAAGUAGAACGGACGAACCUCUUGUAAGAAAAUUGUACGGUGUGCCCCAAAUUUUCUAGUUUGUUUUAAUUUUAAGGGUUAAGACUUAUUGAUUAUGAAUCAAAUUUAAUUUUAUCAUUGGACGUUUGCCAUAUAUUUAUUAUUUGAAAUUUGGGUCACCUUGUACUCUUACAGUUACAGUACAUCUAUGGUGAAAUAUUUGUUACAGUACUGAUUGAUCUUUCUCUCUCGACAAUAUCUAACAUUCCCAUAAUCUAUCUACCUAUUUAGUAACGCUAGCAUUUUUAUAUAUAUUUUUAUUCAAUUAUUUGAAAUUGAGCUCUGUAAUUUCCUGCUUAAAAGUCGAGGUUUUGAGAAUAAAAACCAUUUCGAAAAACUUCCACUUUCUAUGCCAAUAACAGUUGCUCCACAACCUGUUUUUCCUUUAUUUUUGUUAAGUGAAUUAUUAUUAAUAUCUUAAUAAAAAUAACCGAAAAUUGAUCUUUUUAAGCUGCUGUCUAUACAUUAGACACAAGUUCUAAAAAGUCUUUGCAAAAAACAAUUAUUAAAUAUAACAACAUUCUAGUUGCUAUAAAUAAUGUUGUUUAAUUAAUAUCUAUGUAUUUGCUAUACAUACAUAAAACUGAGCAAGAAAAUGUUUAUUUAUUUAAUGUAUUUGUUAAUUGGGAAAAUAAUAUAUCAACCAUAUACUUAUAACAAUAACAUUUUUUAUUAAUUGAUUGUAGGUACUUGAAAUUGAAGUGUAUAGUAUUAGAAUAAUAAUGUAAAAUCCGGUUGUAAAUAAACUAAACCUUGG